UUCGAAUUGAACUUUUCCCACAUAAUAUAAUCUGAAUACCACAGAUUAUCUAACUACUACAUAUAAACUACAUACCACAUAAUGUCCGCAAUUACAACUAAGUUCAUUACAGACCACCAAUUCACCAAUGAGAUGAGUAUCGAAGAGCUCAGUCAGUAUGCGCCAGAAAUGCGUGACCUCUUGGGAGAUAAUAGAGAGAAAAGACGCCAGGCUCGUAAUCGUCUUCAAAAAGGGUAUAAAUUUAGCAAAGGACAGGCAUUCGCAUUGAUUCCUGACCAGAGAAUCGAGCGGUACAUAAGUCAAGUACCGUUCCUAGAGGAACUAGGAUUAGAAGCCGAAGUGAAUAUAAGCCUAGUAUCUGAGAACGCCCCAGAAGGCGAGACUAUUAGAGAAAUGGCUCAACGUAUUGUUCGGGAUAAUCUUAGUGAAAGAAAUGUAAAAGCGAUAUCUAUAACUUUAGCUGAAACCGCCUCCGAUCCUAUCGUUGCCUCAUCACGUCUCUCCAGGCUUCGAAGAGAAUUGCGAACCCUCAAUGCUCCAGAAAAAAUAAUCUCUGCUACCAAGAUUCCGGAGAUAACCAGAGCAUCUAAUAAAAUCCAACAGGAGCGUACUGAGCAACGUAAAAAUGAAGGACUUCAUUAUCCGGACCACUUCUCGUUAGAAUCAGUUAAGGAACGGCUAGAUUUAUAUGUUGUGUCUAACACACCCGAUAAACAGGCCCUAGCUGAUGUAAUGAUCAUGCUCUGUAUCCGCCCUGCUGAAAUUAAAAACUUGCGCAUAGCAAAUGGAGGUGUAACUGGAUACGCAAAAAACCGAGGCUAA